CGCGCUCGCCACCGGCGCGCCCCCUCUCGGCCGCCAUGUUGGCUGGCGUGUGGGUGUCAAACGCUGCACGGGCUCGGGUCGCUCCCGCCUCUUCAGCGUCGCCAGCGGCUGCAGCGUUGCCCUCGCGCGGGCCGGGAACGGAGUGCUGCUGAAGUGGGGCACAUAGCCAGCUGCAGGCUCAGGGGAUGCCAGCCACCAAAUGCCAGCUGUCUGGCAUGGCUUCCAGCUUCGGGGACCUGAGGCUUUGGAGGAGGAAAUGACUGUUGACGGUCUUCUGUUCCAUCUGCAUUACGACAUUCAAACUUCCUAGAGUGCAGGCUUAGGGGACAGGAAAAUUUCUCUUGAAGGGCUCCACAUUUGUAACAAAGAAGAUAAAAAUGACAACUUCAUCUAUCAGACGGCAGAUGAAAAACAUUGUGAACAAUUACUCAGAGGCUGAAAUCAAAGUCCGGGAAGCCACCUCCAAUGACCCGUGGGGCCCAUCCAGCUCUCUGAUGACUGAGAUUGCUGACCUGACUUACAAUGUGGUGGCCUUCUCGGAGAUCAUGAGCAUGGUUUGGAAGCGACUUAACGACCAUGGCAAGAACUGGCGACACGUGUACAAGGCACUGACACUGCUGGACUACCUGAUCAAGACAGGUUCUGAGCGGGUGGCCCAGCAGUGCCGUGAAAACAUCUUCGCCAUACAGACUCUGAAGGACUUCCAGUACAUUGACCGUGAUGGCAAAGACCAGGGCAUCAACGUGCGGGAGAAGUCAAAGCAGCUGGUUGCUCUCCUCAAGGACGAGGAGCGGCUGAAGGCCGAGAGGGUUCAGGCUCUCAAAACCAAAGAGCGCAUGGCUCAGGUGGCCACUGGUGUGGGCAGCAACCAGAUCACCUUCGGUCGUGGUUCCAGCCAACCCAACCUUUCUACCAGUUACUCGGAGCAGGAGUAUGGCAAGGCUGGGGGCUCGCCAGCCUCCUACCACGGCUCACCAGAGGCCUCUCUGUGCCCCCAGCACCGUGCAGGGGCCAUGCUGGGUCAGAGUGAGGAGCUGCAGCCACUGAGCCAGCGCCACCCCUGCCUGCCGCACCUGGGCCUAGCCUCCCGUCCAAAUGGUGACUGGGCCCAGCCAUGCCUCACUUGUGACCGCGCAGCCCGAGCUACUUCUCCACGAGUGUCCUCUGAGCUGGAGCAGGCCCGGCCACAGACAAGCGGAGAAGAGGAGCUGCAGCUGCAGCUGGCACUUGCCAUGAGCAGAGAGGUGGCAGAACAGUCAUCAGAAAGCGUGCAGACAGCCAGAGGCAGCAAGGAAGAACGCCUCAGGCGGGGUGAUGACCUGAGAUUGCAGAUGGCCUUGGAAGAAAGCCGGAGAGACACAGUGAAGGUUCCAAAGAAGAAAGAGGUGAAAGCAUGCUGCAAGCCAGGCUCCCACUCACAGCAGACUACCCUGUUGGAUUUAAUGGAUGCUCUCCCCAGCUCAGGCGCUGUUACCCAGAAAAGUGAGCCCUGGGGUGCUGGGCCCUCUGCUAACCAGACCAACCCCUGGGGUGCAACAGCGGCUCCUGUGAACAUUUCUGACCCCUGGCCAUCAUUUGGUACCAAGCCAGCUGCCUCUGUGGACCCAUGGGGAGUGCCUACCACAGCCAGCACGGAGUCUGUCCCCAAGAGCUCAGACCCCUGGGCUGCCUCACAGCAGCCCACCUCCAGUGCUGGGAAAACAGCAGAUGCCUGGGGAGCUGCCAAGCCCAGUUCUGCCUCAGGGUCCUUUGAGCUCUUCAGUAAUUUCAAUGGUACAGUUAAAGAUGACUUUUCUGAAUUCGACAACCUUCGAACUUCAAAAAAAACAGCUGAGUCAGGGGCCUCAGUACCUCCCCAGGACAGCAGAACCACGAGCCCUGACGUCUUUGAGUCUCAAUCCCUGACUUCUGCCUCAAAUAAGCCUAGCAGUGCCCGAAAAACACCGGAGUCCUUCCUGGGCCCCAAUGCAGCUCUGGUGAACUUGGACUCACUGGUGACCAAGCCUGCUCCACCAGCCCAGUCCCUCAAUCCCUUUCUGGCACCAGGUGCUGCUGCCCCAGCCCCUGUCAACCCCUUCCAGGUCAACCAGCCCCAGCCGCUGACACUGAACCAGCUUCGAGGGAGCCCUGUUCUGGGAAGCAGUGCAUCCUUUGGGUCUGGUCCAGGGGUGGAGACUGUGGCCCCCAUGACCUCAGUAGCCCCACAGUCAGCAUUGGGGCCCAGUGGCUCCUCAUUGACACCACUGGGCCCUACAGCAAUGAACAUGGUAGGCAGUGUGGGCAUUCCCCCAUCAGCAGCUCAGGCAACGGGCACAACAAACCCUUUCCUUCUCUAAUGCCCAGGCUGGGACUUGCCUGAGUGAACACCCAGAGUGCCGAGCCCAAGGAUGUCAAGUGGGGACUCUAAUUUGUGUAGUGGCUGAGAAUAUGGUGGUAGGGGGUUAGAGCUUUGGGCCCAGCUUCCUGGUGAAAGGGUGGUUGUUAUAGUCCAGACCUUCAGGCUGGGUGCAGGUGGGUGACCCCACCGUCCUCGCUGGGCCCCUGUGUCUCUUCCUAAGUGCUCAGCUCUAACCUUGCUCCACUGAGGUCUUGAAAGGAGGAGGUGUUAUCAGUGUUGCCCAAGAUUCUGGGAUGCUGUCUAGCCCAGGACUUGGGACAGUCACAUUGUGUGCGCCCCAUCCCCAGCAAUCUUCAGGGUGUGGGCAAGGUGAAGCUCUGGCCCCACUCGACACUGACCGUUGGGAAGUGGUUGUGCAUAUUUUAUUUUCCUUUGGCUCAUGUGAGUCCAAGGCAAACACUACUACCAGGGUGGAGCUUUAAGCUGACUGGAGCGCGACCCUGCCCCGGGCUCUGUGCUUGUGCACGUUUGCACAUUUUGUUGAGUACAGUUUCAUAUUUGAGUUUGCAGAAUUAUCUAAUAGUCUUUUUUUGGCUAAUAUUUUUAUAACGUGGUUCUUAUUUAACUGUCUAGUUUUGAUAGAAUUGACCAAGUCUGGCUGAAUUAAGGUCUUGGCAUGUAUUAUUUUAGUGGUCUAAUUUCUCUUAUUUAUGGUUAUAACUGUAAGAAAACUUUAAAAGAAGAGAUAUUUGGAUGACAAAAAUAUGCCUUAUGGAAAACUAAGCAAAUUCUUUAUAGGAAAAAAACAUCGAAAUUAGAUUACACAAAAAGAAUUUUAUUAAAACAAAACAAAAACUUCCAAUAGUAACAAAAACUUGCAGCCUCCAAUUGCCUUUUUCCUUUCUUCAGUUCUUUUGAUGAAUUACCAAAUCAACUGACUCAUUGGCAUUUUUGCCUAGAUCUGAGAGGCUUUUUGCUACUAGUGUAUUGACAUCUUAAUGUUAAAAGGAAAAACAACGCAUGAUUGUGACUUGCCAGUUUUUAUCAACUAAUUCCUCUCUUUGUACCUGGCGUGCAGGGAUUGCCAGGGACUUCUGUUUACUGCAGACCAGAAGUGUGGCUGGCUGCCCCGUCGCCAUGCUCAGGUUAAUGAGAUUGUGGGAAAAUCGGGGGUGAUGGUGCACUUCUGGGCCCAUAGGUCACCAGGGAUGGUCCCCUAGAUGAGUCAGGACAGGGACCCUGAUCUGUUUGCCUACCAGCUCCAACUCAGGCUGCUCACCAGGAAGUAACCACAUCCUAUACUGGAGAAGAAAACAUCCUCCCAUGAAGUAGGUUUUUAACAGACGUGCACUGAUACUACUCUUUCUCUCCCAACCUCUUGCUGUCCCCACUCCACUCACUGUUAAAGAAGUGUUAAAUCCUGAACUAGAGACCACAGACUUGCUUUUCUUCAGAGAAAGGACUGCCCCUUGUUGGUCCUGGCAGUUUGUGUGGCUGGCCUUUCUGCCUUGUCUUGCAAUAUGGACUUCUAACCUUAAGCUCCAAGGACAUCCAGCCACCUGCCAGCCCCUCUGCGUCCAGAGAAAGUUUGGCCUUCGGCACCCACUUGGUCGACUCGGUGGUUACUGUUUGAGGGAGGCUGCACUCUAGACCUCCUGAAUCUAAGAGCCCACGUGCGGCUCCUAGGCCCCACAAGCCGACAGCCCUUCCUAACUACCUAUCCCUCCUAGAACCUGAGGCCCCGCAGUAUGCCUGGGCCCUGCUCUUUAGGAAGGCUAAUGACUGGGCAUCAGAGAGGUGCAGGCACCACAGACAGGGGAGCUGGCACCGUUCUAGAUUUCGCAUCCUUCAGAUUGUAU